UCGGCGCCACUGCUGGCUGCCUCGUAGGAAAUAGUCGGGCGUGGAAGCUCGACGUGUCCGGAAAGGUGUCCGCUGCUUUGGCUCCAGGGCGCGUCAGCUCUUCUCUUUCGUCCUGCCAAAGGUGCGCUCCGCCCGGGCACCAUGCUCGACCCGUCCUCCAGCGAGGAAGAGUCCGACGAGGUGCUGGAGGAAGAGAGGCGGGACCUGCUGGGGGUGUCCGGCGGGAGCGGCCCUUCGAACACCUCCCCGCGAGCCCUCCCGGCUGCUAGCCGGGACUCCGGGCGCCAGGGCAGCGGCGGCGGCGUGGCGACCCGGUCGGUGAGCCCCAGCCCAUCGCUGCGGAGCGAAGGUAGAGAAGAGCAGGAGCGGCUGCAGAGAGAGGAGAGGGAGAAGCGGCUCCGGCUGCAGCUUUACGUCUUCAUCGUCAGGUGCAUCGCUUAUCCGUUUAACGCCAAACAGCCGACAGACAUGGCCCGGCGGCAGCAGAAGCUGAACAAACAACAACUACAAGUGGUGAAAGAGCGGUUUCAGGCAUUUCUAAAUGGAGAGACGCAGAUUGUGGCUGAUGAAGCUUUUUGCAAUGCGGUUCGAAGUUACUAUGAAGUUUUUCUCAAGAGUGACCGAGUUGCCAGGAUGGUCCACAGCGGUGGAUGCUCAGCAAAUGAUUUCAGAGAUAUUUUUAAGAAGAACAUAGAAAAAAGAGUCCGGAGCUUGCCUGAGAUAGAUGGAUUAAGCAAAGAGACUGUGCUAAGUUCUUGGAUAGCCAAAUAUGAUGCCAUUUACAGGGGGGAAGAGGAUCUGUACAAACAGUCCACUAGGAUGGCUUUAAGUGCUGUAUCUGAACUCAUCUUAAGCAAAGAACAACUAUAUGAGAUGUUCCAGCAGAUUCUAGGAGUAAAGAAAUUGGAGCAUCAAUUGAUCUAUAAUGCCUGUCAAUUGGACAAUGCAGAUGAGCAAGCUGCCCAGAUCAGACGAGAGCUUGAUGGGCGCCUCCAAAUGGCUGAUCAAAUGGCAAAAGAAAGAAAAUGUCCAGAGUUCAUAGCAAAAGAAAUGGAGCACAUGUUUAUAGAAGAACUACGGUCUUCAGUGAAUUUGCUGAUGGCAAAUUUGGAAAGUCUUCCAGUUUCUAAAGGUGGACCAGAGUUUAAAUUACAGAAGUUAAAGCGAUCACAGAAUUCUGCUUUCUUGGACAUAGGAGAUGAAAAUGAGGUUCAGCUGUCAAAAUCGGAUGUGGUGCUAUCAUUCACAUUGGAGAUUGUUAUAAUGGAAGUUCAAGGCUUAAAGUCUCUAGCUCCAAGCCGUAUUGUUUACUGUACAAUGGAAGUAGAAGGAGGAGAGAAACUUCAAACAGACCAAGCUGAAGCUUCAAGACCACAAUGGGGAACCCAAGGGGAUUUUACCACAACCCAUCCUCGGCCUGUCGUCAAAGUGAAACUUUUUACAGAAAGCACAGGGGUCCUGGCACUUGAAGAUAAAGAGCUAGGAAGGGUUGUGUUGUACCCAACUUCCAAUAGCUCAAAGUCAACAGAGCUGCAUAAAAUGUUAGUCCCUAAAAACAGCCAAGAUUCUGAUUUGAGGAUAAAAUUAGCAGUAAGAAUGGAUAAGCCACCACACAUGAAGCAUUGUGGGUAUUUGUAUGCCCUUGGACAAAAAGUUUGGAAAAGAUGGAAAAAGCGCUACUUUGUUCUUGUGCAGUGUGAGGCUCAAAAGGCUUUAGUGUGCGCUGGUGUAGAGAGGCACCAUAUGGAUAAUGGAAGUGGCCUCCCUGUGGAGGCUUCUGAAUAUGCUUUGAAUAAACCGUAUGCCAUUUCAAAUGCAGUGGCCUGA